AUGUCCAGCUCCGCCCUGAGUCAUGGGUCUAUCUUGGAAAAGUCAGGAGUCACCUGGGGAAAGAAAGCAAUGGCCUCCUCCCGCCUUGCUGUUCUGUGGCCACCAGAGACCCUGGAGCAUCCCUUAACCCCCCAGCAAAUCCUCACGUGCCAGGGACUGAGCAGUUGGUGGGAACCAGCCUCUGCCCUCCCAGAGCUGUCAUUCCGCGGGGCUGUACACCAAAGCAAGAUCUGUAGGAGAGAUUUAAAUGCACCCGGCUCUCUUGACAUCAGAAUCAGUCUUCUGGGAAGAUCCCCCUCCCCUCCACCUCCUCUGAUACAACUGAACAGAGCUCCAGAAAGACACAGUUGGCAAAUUAUUCACCACUUCCCACCUCGCUUUCUUAGUCAGGAAGAUGGGGAUACUGAGAAGAUCUGUACCACAGGAAGAUUCUAG